AUUUAACCCACACUAUCGAAGAUAAAACGUGGAUCAGAAAUGGGCGACCAUUUCUCAAAUUUGCUGGACAUUGAAGCUGACAGAAGAAAUGCUUUCGAGUCCACGUCGCCAUGGAGCUCAUGGUCAUAAAAUUCAUCGAAGGAAAUAUGAGCGGGACUCUCGAGAGCUCGGCACGAAGAAGCCCGAUUUCAGUCUUGGGAAUUACCAGCGCUCUUGGACACAUUCUGUCGGGGCGACGAGCAGAAUUGUUCCAAAUGGAUCUACGACAGGAAAUGAAGAACAGCGUGAGGAGAAAAUGUCCCAAAGAUUUCGGAAGCCCGCCCACGCACGACAAUCGUACUGAACGAACGAGUAAUUUGACGAUGGGCCAUUGUUCGUAUUGAAUAAAAUCCAGCUCAAGACUUCUCCUGAAGGUCGUGCAAAAGUUGUUCAUAAAUAGAGUUGUUCCAGUGGAGUAUGUUGCACAAUUGUAAAUCUUCGAUCGACUUUAACAGCAGUGACAUUCGGGUGUCGUUUUUUUUCGGCAUGGUGAUUCGUUUUCCUCUAGCCACGAGCAUUGUUGAUUCGUUCAACGCGUUGAAUGGGCCCAAGUCGAUAGCAACUGGAUUCGGGUUUAUUCGUCCAACCCCUUAUUGACAUAGAUUCCUUGCUGAUGAAGACCUAGAUGACCUAAAUGGGUGAAGCAGCAUCAAGAGUCUGGUGUCUAUCGACAAUUGUGCCCAGAAUCUCCUCGAACUUUUGCCGCCGUAUGGAUCGCUCG